CUUGGUCACGUGUGGGUAGCCAGGUCACGUGUGAAUCGUUGAUUGACUUCACGCAAGCUCACUCCUUGGCACCUAUUGUUCUGGCUUGUUCAUACACUUGUACUUGCAAACAUCCCACUUACAGCUUACCUGACAAAGUAACCAUGCUUGCUCCCCAUACACCGAACCAUGGCUCGACGAGAUUUCAAGGCGAUGACACGAAGUUUGAAACGAUGUGAGAGAUACCUUGGCUAUCGCAGGCCAAACGAGGCUGGAGAGAUUCGAACAGACCCGCAGCACCCUCCCUCAUCACUCCCCGAACACCCAGUAAUCUUCGUGAGCGUGGAUUUCGAAGCCGACGAAACAAACCAGCGCAUAACAGAGAUGGGCAUCACGUCUCUCGACACCGAGCUCCUGCUAGGCGUCGAGCCGGGCGUCGAUGGAAUAGGGUGGAUGAAUCUUGCCUACAGCCACCACUACCUCAUCGCCGGCACAGACAACAUGCUCGGCGACUACACCAAGCGAGGCAAAUUCAGCAAGUCCAACCCUGGUGGAUUCAUCAAAGGCAAGACACAAGAGCGCACGCUUGAUGAAAUGCGCAAGAUCGUCCGCGAGCAUUUUGAAGGACCCUUCUCCAGCAAUGGUGUCCGCACUGCGGUCAGGAACCGCAGGGAGCUGGUUUUGGUUGCCCAUGGCCGUACAAACGAGUUCAAGUACUUCGAACAACUCGACUUCGACCCUCGCAAACAUCCCAAAGUCAUCGACAUCAUCGACACCCAGGACCUCGAAGAAGCCUUGCGCCGCGAUCCAACCCGAGGUACGGCCCAUAGUCAGCCUCGUCGACUUGAACGAAUCAUAGAAGAGACGCUUGGUGGGGAGCAAAGGGGCAAACACAACGGCGGGAUGGAUGCGUUUUAUACGAUGCAAGCUCUCCUUGGUCUCACGUUCCGGAGCAUCCAGGGAAGGGUCGCUGGGUCAGAGGACGAGGAAUGGGGAACGAAUGAUGAUGGAGGCCAGGGUGUUGUUCCCCGAAAGAGCACACACGAGUACAUGGACUACUACGCCAAACUUCAGUAGUCGGCGUUGCACGAAUUGAUAGUACCCGGCCGACGAGGUGUUUGGGGAUCUGCGCAAUGCUAGUUUAUCAGCUUGAAUAAGCUAGAGCUCUCUUAAUUGCAGUCACGCGUGGUUCAGGCACUGCUCACAUGUAGAAUUCCUAGUAGUCUCGCAGAGUUGGAGCAUCUGCAUUCUCGUAUGGAGCCGGUCCAUCUUCGCACCAGCAGCAACAGCAACAGCAUCGUACUCCAAUCUCCACCUGCACAGUGCUGGACAACUCAAUGCUUCGGGGGGGACGGAGCUGGCCGCGGGGGUGGCAAAACUGAUGUAGGA